CCCAAAGUAGCAAUCUGAAGUCUCACAAGAAAGCUUUGAACGCGACGACGAAAUCCCUACGAACACGGACUCACAUUUACACCACCUCCCGACACGAUAUACCUCCGCACCGUAAUUCGUAUACUCCCAAUCCAAACGUCACGAUGUUCUCCCGUACCUUCCGCGCCAGCUCUCGCAUUGCGACCUCCGUCCCCGCUCGUGCAUUCUCAUCUACACCCCGCGCCGAGCUCGCUCGCAUGACUCUCGUCGGCCGUUUGGGUGUUCAGCCAGAGGAGGUUACUGUGACUGGUGACAAGACUCUCGUGAGAUACGUUAUCGGAUCCUCUUCCGGAAAGGGAGACAACCAGAAGACUAGCUGGUUCAGAGUGGCAAGCUUCGUGCAGGGCCCUCAGAAGGAUUUCCUGCUCAGCUUACCUAAGGGGUCUCUCCUCCACGUCGAUGCUGAUGCCCGCAUUGACGUCUACGAUGAUGCCGAAGGCAACAAGAAGUCCAACCUGAGCUUGGUUGCUCGCAGCUUUGAUGUCAUCUCUCGGCCCCGCCAGGAGGACACCCCCGAGACCAACGAUGAAGGCCUCGUCCAGGACGGCGCCUCCGCGUAGACCUCACAAUUCUUGACAUCAAUCUCCUUACCUUAAUGAUACCUUUAUAAUAUGGAGUCAGUCUUUCGACACAAGAGGGACGGGCGUUCGACUAGGGGACAUAGAUCUGGGUAAGGCUUUUCCAGAUCUGCGCGCUUUGCGCUGGGGAUGUGUCCCGCUGCUUCUAAUGGACCACGACAGGAAAUGUUUGCGUGCAGACAUAAUAUGUAUACUACGGCCAGACCCUUUUUCUUUGUAUUAUCUCCACUCUGUCGGCUUGUGUA